UGCCACUGGUUGUCAGCUAAAUAACAUCUGAACCAUGUCAGGUCUUCCGAUUGACAGAGGCUGGGCCUUUGUUGUGGUUGUAGGCUUUUUUACUUCUUCAUUCAUCAUGGUAGGAAUUGCUAAAUCAUAUGGGAUAAUUAUGGCAGAGCUAAUCAGACAAUUCCGGAUCCCCACUGCAACAGGUGCCCUGGUCAUGGGGAUCUCUGGGGCAGUUUAUACCAUCUUAGCUCCGUUUUGUGUGGCAUUUGGUGAACAUUUUACCCAGAGGAAAAUGGUGAUCCUUGGCAGUGUUGUGGGAUUCAUUAUGAUUGCUGUUGCCUCCCUCCUUGUCAACAUUGAGUUCUUCAUCUUUUUCUAUGGUGUAGGGACAGGACUGGCCAAUGCCUGUUUCUUUGGCAAUGGUCUGGUUAUGGUUGGGACGUACUUCAAGAGGUGGCGCUCACUGGCAACAGGAAUAGCUUUGACUGGUGCCAGUGUGGGGACCUUUGUUUUACCUAUUCUCCUUGAGGCACUGUUGGAGAUCUAUUCACUCUCUGGUACUAUACUGAUCGUGUCAGCCAUAUAUCUCAAUGGCUGUAUUUGUGGUGCCCUUUAUCGACCCUUGUCAUUUUAUGCCAAAAAAAGUUCAUCAGAUCAGGAGCAAUUGCCCAUAGUAACAAGAGAACCUGAUCCUAUAGGACUAAAUGACUCAGGAACAGAGAAAAUUCAGACUGAGAAAGCUAAGAUGGCAGAUGAGCAGGAUGUGGAUGAAGAAGUGAAGAAGAGUCUUCUAGAAGAAGGUCAGAUGGAGGAGAAUAAAACAGAGCAAGUCAGUGAACCACAAAGUCCUCCAGCAAAACCUGUCUGGACGUUUCACAUCUGUGGACGGACAUUGACAUUCCCGGUGAUAUUUCACUUUAGUGUGCUGGCAUUGCCUGUGGUAGUGUUUUUUACUGUGUUCAGUUUUCUAGUGUUCAUUGGGUAUUUUAACUUUGUCUUGUUUUUACCAACGGAUGCACUGGAGCGUGGAAUUACUCGAUAUGAGAAGGCUGCACUUGUCUCAUAUUCUGGGGCUGGAGACCUGCUUGGCCGGAUCUUAGUUGGAGUUAUAGGGGACCUGACAAUAAUUAAGCGAUAUAAAAUCCUAGCCACAUGUUCCAUACUAUGUGGGGUGAAUAUCCUCCUGUUUGAGAUUGCUGGCCAGAUUUACUGGUGGAUGUCCAUACAUGCCUCCCUGUAUGGGUUCUUUGGAGGAUGCUAUGUGGCUAUAAAUGUCAUUGUCCUCAUUGACCUGGUUGGGCUCGAGCUGAUGCCAAAGGCCCUGGGUGUAGUUCUAUUGAUUCAGGGAUUGGGGGCUGCCAUUGGUCAGCCAAUAGAAGGCAAAAUUCGAGAUGAGACCAAGUCCUUCACGGCUUUGAACAUCAUUAACAGUGUCCUUAUGAUGGCUGCAGGAUUGCUUCUCUUCAUGUACCCUCUGGUCAAGCGGUUCCAGAACAAGUCAUUAAGACAGGCAGAAAACAGGGAGGUUCAAAUCCCAGAGGAAGCAUCAUGAUUUACAAAAACCAGUUCAUUAUUGUCAGUAGGUACCGGGUAUCCAGAAUGGCCAGCAGUUCCUACAAUUAAAUGUCAUGGACUUGAUGAACAGAAAACAUAAGGAUAAGUUAGCUUUAUUUUUGUAAAUUAGCAUUUAAAAGAAAUGAGAUAGAGAUGUAAAUAUCAAUGAUUGUAGCUGCUUGAGGAUGAAAUGCAUGAGUCUGAAA